AUUUUACUUCGUGUCGUCGUCGCUUUUGUGAACAAAAAAUAAGAGAAAAAUUAAUAGCAACGAGAUUUUGCUUAAACAUUUGAGCAAAAUUUCAAGAAACAAGUGCAACACAUAGCUAGCAACUCACUGCAUCUAAUUUUUUGUACCCCCGUCGUUAACAAAAGCCGUCAAAAUUGAGUCGACAAAGAUUGACGAGACUUUUCCUUCCACAACUGCUAUGGAGGAUAAAGCAACAACAAAAGAUCUGGAUCAAUGGAUUGAGCAGUUGAACGAAUGCAAUCAAUUAACAGAAACACAAGUUCGCACCCUUUGCGAAAAGGCAAAGGAGAUUCUAUCCAAGGAAUCCAAUGUGCAGGAGGUGAAAUGCCCUGUCACAGUGUGCGGCGACGUGCACGGCCAGUUUCACGAUCUGAUGGAACUGUUCCGGAUAGGCGGCAAAUCGCCCGAUACAAACUAUUUGUUCAUGGGUGAUUAUGUGGAUCGCGGCUACUACUCAGUGGAGACGGUCACACUGCUGGUGUCGCUAAAGGUGCGCUAUCGGGAGCGCAUCACCAUACUGCGCGGCAAUCACGAAUCGCGCCAGAUCACACAGGUGUAUGGCUUCUAUGAUGAAUGCCUGCGCAAGUAUGGCAAUGCGAAUGUGUGGAAGUAUUUUACCGAUUUGUUCGACUACUUGCCGCUGACGGCACUGGUGGAUGGCCAAAUCUUCUGCCUGCACGGCGGCCUCAGUCCCUCGAUCGAUAGCUUGGAUCAUAUACGCGCUCUCGAUCGCUUGCAGGAAGUGCCGCAUGAGGGACCCAUGUGUGAUCUGCUCUGGUCCGAUCCCGAUGACAGGGGUGGCUGGGGUAUUUCGCCUCGUGGUGCCGGCUACACCUUUGGACAGGAUAUAUCGGAAACAUUUAAUAAUACAAACGGCUUGACAUUGGUCUCGCGUGCACAUCAGCUGGUAAUGGAGGGCUAUAACUGGUGCCAUGACCGCAAUGUCGUCACAAUAUUCUCAGCGCCAAACUACUGCUACAGAUGUGGUAACCAAGCGGCUCUUAUGGAACUGGAUGAUUCACUUAAAUUUUCAUUCCUACAAUUUGAUCCAGCACCGCGGCGCGGCGAGCCACAUGUUACGCGAAGAACACCAGAUUAUUUCCUUUAAGCAGCACGUUCUGGGCACACAUACAAUGCGGCUUACAUUUACACACAUACACAAACAAACAACAAAAACACACACAAAUACAUACAUAUAUUUACAUCGCAUUAAAG